AUUGCUCUAUAGGUAUGACAAAUGUUAACAACUGCGCGCGCAUAUGUGGUAGUUUUGACAUCAACGACUGGCAGAGAGAGAGAGAGAGAGAGAGAGAGAGAGAGAGAGAGAGAGAGAGAGAGUUGUAAGCAGCAACACAUUGGUGAGGACGGGGAAACAGGCGCGCGGCCCGGGGACCCGCCGGAAGAAGCAGCAGCAGCAGCUUCAGCGCGAGCUGGUCACCGACCGACAAAACACAGGCAGCACGAGCGACACCGAGGCGGUCAGCGGGGCGGAGAGGAGGCGGAGGCACCUGCACGGCGACUCGUUCUCCCCCGCUGCCUCCAUCGUCUCUCCCUCUCUCUCUUCGCUCUUCUCACCCCUCGUUCCUCUCGGACCGCCGCCGCUUCCUCGUUAAGAUGGCUGACCCCAACAGCGACGGAGAGGUACCGGAGAGCGCGCGCGGCUUCGCCCGUCAGGGAGCCCUCCGCCAGAAGAAUGUGCACGAGGUGAAGAACCACAAGUUCAUCGCGCGCUUCUUCAAGCAGCCAACCUUCUGCAGCCACUGCACGGACUUCAUCUGGGGCUUUGGAAAGCAGGGAUUCCAGUGCCAAGUGUGCUGUUUUGUGGUCCACAAGCGCUGUCAUGAAUUUGUCACUUUUUCCUGUCCGGGGGCCGACAAAGGUCCUGCCUCUGAUGUAAGUAAAGAAAAUGAUCCUCGUAGUAAACACAAGUUUAAGGUCCACACUUACUCCAGCCCGACCUUCUGUGACCACUGUGGCUCCCUCCUCUACGGGCUGAUACACCAGGGCAUGAAAUGUGACCACUGUAUGAUGAACAUCCACAAGCGGUGUGUGGCCAACGUCCCGAGCCUGUGUGGGACAGAUCACACCGAGAGGAGGGGACGCAUCCAAAUCUCUGCCCAGAUCACUAAGGACACUCUUACCGUCACCAUCAAAGAGGCUAAGAACCUGGUGCCCAUGGACCCCAACGGCCUGUCAGACCCCUACGUCAAGCUCAAGCUGAUCCCAGAUCCCAAGAGUGAGAGCAAGCAGAAGACCAAGACCAUCAAAUGUUGCCUCAACCCCACCUGGAAUGAGACCUUCACUUUCAACCUAAAAGAAAGUGACAAAGACCGCCGUCUGUCAGUGGAGGUCUGGGACUGGGAUUUGACCAGCAGGAACGACUUCAUGGGAUCCCUGUCCUUUGGGAUCUCAGAGCUGCUGAAACAAGGGGUAGAUGGAUGGUUUAAGAUGCUGUCCCAGGAGGAAGGAGAAUACUUUAAUGUUCCUGUCCAGCCAGAUGGAGAGGACGGUAACGAGGAGCUGCGACAAAAGUUUGAGAGGGCAAGAGUUGGUCCAGGGAAGCAAGCAGACUCUUCUUCCUCCUCCACGGUGUGCAAGUAUGACAGCAAUGGCAAUCAGGACCGGGUCAAGCUCUCGGACUUCAACUUUGUCAUGGUUUUGGGCAAAGGCAGCUUUGGCAAGGUGAUGCUGGCUGAGAGGAAGGGUACCGAUGAGUUGUACGCCAUCAAAAUCCUGAAGAAGGACGUGGUGAUCCAGGACGAUGAUGUGGAGUGCACCAUGGUGGAGAAGAGAGUCCUCGCUCUGUCUGGGAAACCACCUUUCCUCACUCAGCUGCACUCCUGUUUCCAAACCAUGGACCGAUUGUAUUUUGUCAUGGAGUAUAUAAAUGGAGGAGACCUUAUGUACCAGAUCCAACAGGUCGGCAAAUUCAAGGAGCCUCAUGCUGUGUUCUAUGCUGCCGAGAUUGCCAUUGGACUCUUCUUCCUUCACUCCAAAGGCAUCGUGUAUCGGGAUCUGAAGCUGGACAACGUGAUGCUGGACUCUGAAGGCCACAUAAAGAUAGCCGACUUUGGCAUGUGCAAAGAGAACAUGUACGAUGGAAUUACCACAAAGACAUUUUGUGGAACACCAGACUACAUCGCUCCAGAGAUCAUAGCUUAUCAGCCUUAUGGGAAGUCUGUGGACUGGUGGGCCUUUGGAGUACUGCUCUAUGAAAUGCUUGCUGGACAGCCGCCUUUUGAUGGGGAGGAUGAAGAUGAGCUGUUCCAGUCAAUCAUGGAGCAUCAUGUCUCUUACCCUAAAUCCAUGUCCAAAGAAGCUGUUGCUAUCUGCAAGGGGCUGAUGACCAAACACCCAGGUAAGCGUCUGGGCUGUGGUCCAGAGGGGGAGAGAGACAUCAAGGAGCACGCCUUCUUCCGCUAUAUAGACUGGGAAAAACUUGAGAAUAAAGAGGUCCAGCCGCCUUUCAAACCUAAAGCUUGUGGGCGUGAUGCGGAGAACUUUGAUCGCUUUUUCACGCGCCACCCCCCAGAGCUGACCCCCCCAGAUCAGGAGCUUAUAGCCAACCUGGACCAGGAAGAAUUCCAAGGCUUCUCAUUUGUUAACCCUGAGUACCCUCACACAAUUCACUGACCACGCCACAUAUCACUGGGCUGCACUAGUAAUCCCCCACACCUCGGAAAUUUACACAAAAAAAAAUGUAUUAAAAAAAAUCACCAUGAUGUCAUAUCCAGGUUGCAUUUGGCAGGGUGAAACGUUAAAGGAAUAGUUCAACAUUUCUGGAAAUACGCAUAUUUGGUUUUUUUUCUGCAGCAGGAGGAAACAACUAGCCUGGCUCUCUCCAAAGUUAAGUGCUGUAACCAUCGCACAGUGACUUACCGGAGUCUUGUUGUCACAGUGAGGCAACAAGCAGAGACGCUGCACAGAAGUGCUGUGUUGACAAAUAAACUGUUAGAGUUACAUCAUAUAACUCCUCCUAAAACCGAGAGAUUCUCGAGGAACUGCUACAACCUGCAAGGCGAGGGUCACACGACAGUCGGAAACAGCUGAAGGAAUCAGUAAGCUAUUUUUUGUUAGCGUUGCUAGCUUUUCUACUGGUACCGUAAGAAAUGUAUCAGUGAUGAAGCGCCUAAAAUAGAUGCCCAUGAAAAGUAAAACCCUCCACAGCAAAGGGAAAAACAGCUUUUUAAUCAACCAGCAGUGUUUAUUCUUUCUGUUUAGAUUUUACAAAGCAGUAGCUUACCUUAUCACUGUGAUUCAAAUGUAAUCGAGGAAAAAACUUCCCAUCAUCCUCAGCUGUACUUAGCAAAUGUUAGCAUGCUAACACGCUAAAUUAAGAUGGUGAACAUGGUCAGCAUUGUUAACCUAUUUAACCUGCUAAACAUCAGCAUGUUAACAUCGUCAUUUUGAGCAUGUUAGCAUUCUGAUGUUAGCAUUUAGCUCAGAGCACCGCUGUGCCUAUGUACAGCCUCACAGAGCCGCUAGCAUGGCUGUAGAUUCUUAGUCUUGUUGUCAAAUUUUUGUCAAGUUCUUUUAAUGUGAAGGUCCGUUGCCUAGCAAAAGACUUGCACCAACUAAGAGCCCGCACAGCCAGUAGUAGUCAGCCAGCAGUAAGCAUGCUAACAGAUUAGCUCACUAGCAGUAGUCUAGCUUGGCUACCCCCAUUGGUCAUGUGACCCUCGCCUUGCAGUUUGUUGCUGUUGCUCGAGUCUUCCCUGUAAAAAAAAAAAAAAAAAAAAACACACAUUGUCUUAUUUACAUUUCUCUUUGUGCUACAAAUGAGAUAAAACAUCUUAAUUAGUAAACUUUAGGCCUUGUAUCUGUAUUUUUGAGGAGAUCCAGGGUCGCUGUUUCCCCCAGCUUCCUUUUUUUUAUGCUAAGCUAAGCUAAUCGCCUCUUGGCUCCAGCUCCGAACCUAAUGUACAGACAUAAGAGUGGUAUCAAUCCUCUCAUCUAACUCUCGGAAAGAAAUCAAAUAAGCGUAUUUCCCAAAAUGCCAAACUAUUUAUUUAAAUAACGUUCAGAUGGAAAUGCAGACAGGUGCUCAAAUGCUAACAAUCAGGAGAAAUAAUCAGAUGUUCAUGUGUCAAGUCGCCAGUAGGAGACUAGUCUCGUUUCCAGCGGUGACACUGUUUUCAGUUUACUUUGGUUUAGCAUGUCAUGUUACACUGCUGCUCUCAUAUCAGCUCUAGUGGCUGUAUUUCUAUCUUUAGUGCAGAAUUGUUGCUCCUGAAUGCUGCCCAGCUGCUCACACCAGCAGGUUCAUGUCGGAGUCCGACCUCAGGGCCGACCUGAACCUGCUCGUCUCUGUGUCACCCUCCCUGUAGUUACACAUUGACUAUGACAACCUAUCAGUAAUAUUGAUGAGUGUACUAUGAUCGCAUAUUGGUAAUAUUCAUACAGUGUAAGUGAAAACUGACCAAUUGCUUUGUUAUGAUUGUUUAAGUACAAGUUUUCUAAUGUUGACUUUAAUUUUAUCUAUAGGACCAAAUACUUCUACACUUUCUGUUCAGUCAGUGUUGUGGUGAGCUUAUCUUAAAUUUUUUGCUAAUUUCAUUUUUAACCAGUCAGAGGAUAGAAGUCUUUAUAGAUGCAGUCUGAAAGAGUGUAAGUCUACGUCUAGUUAGUGAUAUUUGACUGAAAGCUCAUUAAUUUUCUCCUGAUUCAUUACUGAAAACAUUCACCACAUUACACUGUGUUUUUAUUGACAGGGGGCAUAUCUCUUAGCUUGUGAACAACCAUUUUUGUAGAAUUUCACAUAUGACGAAGCCUUGUCGAGUCUCGUGAAGCUGGUGGUUUGUUAGCUUACAAAAACAGGAAACCCUAAAGUGCCAAAAUAGGGUUCAGAAUCACGAGGAUGUGGGAAAAUAUUGUCCUCAACAACUGUGAUGAAGGGCAGCCAUCUUGUGCCAUUUUGCAGUACAUGUAUAAUUAUUAGAAUAUGCAUUAUAGCUUAACUGUUCUCCAACAAUACCCUUCGAAAGUCAUUUUCAUAUAUAAAAUGAAUUGUCUGAGAAGACGUGUGUUUCAUUGUGAGGCAGGUUGUAUUAUCCUUUUGUAACUGUGUAACGAUGCAGGUAAGUAAACAAUGUGUCAAAUGUUCUUUGAGCUUGUAUCAAAAAGGGAGGCGGCCGCUUGGUGACAUCGCAGAUUUGUUUCUGUUAUACAAAGAUGCUCGCUGAUAAAGAUGAUGAUUCUGCCAGGUGAAAAAAGCGCAAGCUUAUUGUGAGGAUGGUAAUAGUGACAAAUCAGUGGUGACAUAACGAGAGAUAUGACAGAAAAAUAUAUAUAUUGAGUUCUAUAUCAGAGAGAUAUUUGGAUAAAUUGUUCUGGAUGAAAGAGAUGCUUCUGUGGAUUGUGUAAUUGUCCUGUAUGACUGGAAACUGAUAAUAUACUCACUGGUGCCUACCAGACUCCCUC